AUGUACGUGGUGAAGGGAAGCAAAGAAACCGUUAACUUGGAUACGAUCGCUGCUCGGCUCAAGAAGCUUAGCUAUGGGCUUAGCAGUGACAAUUGCGACAUUGCUCGGAAAGUCUGUGCCGGUGUCUGUAAUGGCAUCACCACGAGUCAACUCGACGAGUUAGCUGCUGACACUGCUGCUUCCAUGUCUUGUAACCAUCCUGAUUACGACACACUUGCGGCUCGGAUUGCUGUCUCAAAUCUUCACAAGAACACUAAGAAAUCAUUUUCUGAGACGGUUUAUGACAUGUUCAAUCAUGUCGAUGAGAGAUCUGGAGUGCAUGCUUCUUUAAUAGCUGAUGAUGUGUUUUUGAAAGUUAUGAAGAACGCUGCUCGCCUGGACAGCGAAAUCGUUUAUGACCGGGAUUUUGAGUAUGAUUACUUUGGAUUUAAAACGAUUGAGAGAUUGUACCUCAUGAAAAUCCAAGGGAAAGUUGUUGAAAGGCCUCAACACAUGCUUAUGAGGGUUGCUCUUGGAAUCCACACGGACGAUAUCGAAUCUGCAAUCGAAACUUACCAUUUGAUGUCUCAGAGAUGGUUCACUCACGCAUCUCCUACUCUCUGUAACGCAGGAACUCCAAGACCUCAAUUAAGUAGCUGCUUUCUUACCUGCAUGAAAGAGGAUAGCGUCGAGGGCAUAUACGAAACACUGAAAGAGUGUGCUGUUAUAAGCAACUCUGGUGGCAGUAUUGGUGUCUCAGUUCAUAAUGCCCCUGCAACUGGAAGCAACAUCAGUGGCACAAAUGCAAUGUCUAAUGGUAUUGCUCCAAUGCUGCGUGUAUUCAACGAUACCGCUCGUUAUGUUGAUCAAGGAGGAGGCAAGCCGAGUGGAGCCUUUGCUGUAUACCUGGAGCCAUGGCAUGCUGACAUCUAUGACUAUCUAGAGCUCGGGAAGAACGACGGAAAGGAGGAGCACAGAGCUAGAGACUUGUCUUAUGCUCUUUGGGUUCCAGAUCUUUUCAUGCAGAGAGUCAAGAGUGAUGGGGAGUGGUCACUGUUUUGUCCUAAUGAAGCUCCGGGUUUGGCAGAUUGCUGGGGGAAGGAAUUUGAAAGUCUGUACAUGAAGUAUGAAAGAGAGGGAAAGGCCAAGAAGGUUGUUGAGGCGCAAGAUCUUUGGCUUGAAAUCUUGAUAUCUCAGCUAGAAACAGGAGGAAUGCCAUACAUGCUUUUCAAGGAUACAUGCAACAGGAAAAGCAAUCAGCAAAAUGUAGGUACCAUAACGUCCUCCAGUUUAUGCGGUGAAGUUAUUGAAUACAGUAGUCCAACAGAAACUGCUGUGUGCAACAAUGCAUCAAUUGCUUUGCCUAGAUUUGUAAGGGAGAAGAACGUCCCAUUGGAGCCUCAUCCAUCUAUCCUCGUUGGCAGUCUCGGCUCAAAGAAUCGUUACUUUGAUUUUGACAUGUUAGCCAAGGUAACCGCAAUUGUUGCUAGUGAUCUAGAUAAGAUCAUUGAUGUAAAUCACUAUCCUGUGGACACUGCAAGAACUUCAAACAUGCGUCAUAGACCUAUUGGUAUAGGUGUACAAGGUCUUGCAGAUGCAUUUAUCCUCCUUGGAAUGCCAUUUGACUCUCCAGAGGCCCGGCAACUGAAUAAGGAUAUAUUUGAAACCAUAUACUACCAUGCACUCAAAGCAUCUUCAGAGCUUACUAUAAUAUAUGGUGCGUACGAGACAUACAAAGGAAGUCCCGGGAUUCUUCAACCAGACAUGUGGAAUGUAACUCCAUCAAAGCGUUGGGACUGGGAUUUGCUUAGGGACAUGAUAUCAAAGAAUGGAGUGAGGAACUCUCUUUUGGUAGCAUUGAUGCCAACUGGUUCAACCAGUCAGAUUCUCGGGAACAGCGAAAGUUUCGAGCCAUAUACAUCAAACAUCUACAGCCACAGAGGCUUGAGUGGUGAAAUCGUGCAUGUGAAUAAGCAUCUUCUUCAUGACUUAACUGAUAUGGGACUUUGGAGUGAAGCUCUCAAAAGCAAGAUCAUUCGUGAGAACGGAUCUGUGGCAAAUGUCCAAGAGAUUCCUGAAGACCUAAAGAAAAUUUACCGAGUUGCGUGGGAAGUGAAACAAGUAUCCUUGGUCGACAUGGCGGUUGAUCGUGGAUGCUACAUAGAUCAAAGCCAAACCUUAAAUAUCCAAUUGGACAAAGCUGAUUGCACUAAAAUAACCGUAUUACAUUUCUUUACAUGGAAAAUGGGGUUGAAAACAGGGAUGUGCAACCUGCGAUCACUAGAUAGAUCGAAAGAGACGGACCCUUGA